GCGAUGCUUGAUAACGUUGUCAUUUUCCUGAACUAGAUAUGUUUUUAUUAAACAAGCUGUCGUUGUUUGAUGUCACCUGCAAUGGAGUGUCAGAAUCACACGUUCACCUACACUAACAAGGAUUUUGUGUACGAGGUGUGCCGGAACGACGACAAAACGAGUAAACAUGAAGCAAGAUUCGACUCCGCUCUGAAAUCCGGCUGGUCUGAGAAAAUGAAUCGCGGGCUGUUUAGAUAUCAGUUAGGCCAGCUGGAGACGAGAGUGCUGACCGGUGAGUGUGGAUAUAUCGCUCAGCUCAACACCCAGAGAGGCACCGAGAGGAGAAAACCUCAGCUCAUUCUCAGCAUUCGUCAGCAGUUCGACCCCAAACUGUUUAACUUUAAUAAGAUUAACCAAGAGGAAAUACUGUUCCAAAUGUGUAAAGCUGCGGACAGCUGUGUGCAGAACGGAAUCGGCUCUUCAUGUUUUGUUAUUAUAAACGCGAGUCCAUUGGAGUUUGGGCACUGUCUGUUGGUUCCAGAGCCUCUCCGGUGCCAUCCUCAGAUCUUAACCCCGCUUGCGGUCCGAUUCGGAGUCGAGUCAGUGUUUCUAAGCGCUGAUCCGUCAUACCGAGUCGGAUUCAACAGUCUCGGUGCGUUCGCGUCGGUGAAUCAUUUACACCUUCAUGGAUAUUACUUGAAUCACCCUUUGAAAAUUGAAUGGAUCCGAGUCGAGCCGAUUCUUCCCGAAAAGAAUCUGUACCGAGUUGCUGACUUUACUACCGGAUUCAUGUUUUACACAGAGGAGCCGCACACGAUUGCUGACACUGUUUGUAGGCUCACAGAUAUACUGGUGGAAAGAAAUAUCGCACAUAAUGUUUACAUGACCCGAGGGUGCCAUCCAGACAGCGAUGGGAAAGCCAGCCCUACUCGUCAUGGAGUGCGUGUCUUCGUCUGGCCCAGAAAGUCUUGUUUCGGAGCCAAAGAGGAGUCCGCUUUUAAUGUGGCUCUCUGUGAACUGGCAGGUCAUCUGCCCUUCAAAAACAGACAGGACUUUGACAGCUUGGACGAGGAUGGAGUAAAGGCAAUUGUUCAAAAGUACACUCUUGGUGAAGAAGAGUUUACUGAAUUACAAAAGCUAGUUGUUGGAGAACUAACUAGUACUUAACAACACAACAACACUGUUCAAUAGUUUAUGUUGAGUUAUCCUCACAUUCCUUCUUCUCCCCCUUUUUUAGCUCAUCCAAUAGUUCAAUUUUUUGCAUCGUGCUUCCUCUCUGUCUAUGCCGAACCCUGCCCUGACCUUGGAGAUUCAAGCUAACCCACAUCCCUUCCGAAACAUGGGCAGCAGCCGGAUGCAUUUUUGCCACCCACACAUUGAUGAGUUUGGCGCCACCUAGCAUUGCAUGCGGAGAGACACACCCUAAGGGCACUCUUCCUCAUCUCUGUGCAGGCUGUAAUCGCAUUCUGACAGAGAGAGACCCACAUCCGGUUCUUUGUCCCGCCCCCAACUGAGCAACCGGCCAAUCAUACAGCUCAUACAGCCACUCAGUCUCGAACUGGUAAGGCAGAGCUGGAUUCGAUACGAUGUACUCAGAAUCCAGCUCUGGUUGCAGAGUGUCUUUUUACCGCUGCGCCACCUGAGCAAGACUGCAACAUGAUUUAGUCACAAACAAUAAUUCAUGUGUGUAACAUUAAUCUGUAGUCAUUUCAAUUCAUUUUUGCAUUUAGUUCUUAAUUUAUUUAAUAAAAUGUCUUAUUGUGCCUUCAACAUAACUGUGAAUUCCUGAAUUAAACUAGGAAAAAAACUAUUGCCCCUCUAAUUAAGAAUUAACAUGGCUUCUUACACUGUGUACAAUAGCAAGUCCACUUUCUUACUUUUAGGCUUUAGCAUUAGUUUGGUCAGUCAUGUCACACUCCAGUCUUGAAGGGAGUAGAAAGCAUAGCAAAGCAUUUCAUUUCAUUCAACACACCUGAUUUAAACCAUUAGCCACGCUGUGUGGCUAAAAGUAUGUGGACACCUGACUGAGAGCUUGUUUGACAUCCUAUUCCAAGACCAUGAUCAUAUAGUGCUGUGAAAAAGUGUUUGGCCUCGUUUCCAGUUUCUUCUGUUUUAAACAUUAAACUACUCUCAAUAUUAGACAAAGAAAGUAAACACAAAAUGUUUAUAUUAUGAUUUCAUUUGUUUAAGGAAAAAUGCUGUUAAUUAAUCCCUUUGCCAUUAAAUCAACCAGUUAAUCAAAUUCAAUUGACAAUUGGGUUCAAUUUCACUAGUCACACCAGGCAUGAUUACUGUCAUGUGACCCUCCU